AUGCAGUCACCCGAGGAGACACAGCCCGCAGGGACGCCUUCCCCCCAGGCGACCGCAAACACCCCAACCCAUGGCUCUGCGCCGCGCCGACCUCCGCGCAAGAGCACCCUCACACAACAACAAAAGAAUCAAAAGCGCCAGCGGGCCACCCAGGAUCAGCUAGUCACGCUGGAAGUGGAAUUCAACAAGAACCCUACUCCCACCGCUUCCACAAGAGAGAGAAUCGCCCAAGACAUCAACAUGACCGAACGUUCCGUCCAGAUCUGGUUCCAGAACAGACGUGCAAAGAUAAAGAACAUUGCCAAAAAGAGCAUCGAAAACGGUGACGAUUGCAAUGAUAUACCAGAAUCCAUGCGGCGAUACCUGGCACUUCAGGCCAUGGAAUCUGGAAAGCCUAUGGGAUCGAGCUUUUUUGGUCGUCCCGGUGGAUCAAUGGCUCCCUAUGGUAGCGGCAUGCUUCUCAAUACCGACACCAGCUCUUCCAAAGUCGUCAUACAUCACUUUGCAUGCCGCUCACUAAGCGUUGGCUCCUGGCGACGUGUCGGACAGAGUGCCAUGGACUUGGUCAUAUUCUAUUCACCUGAAAAGGGCUGUGUGACCUAUUAUAUCAACAAUGAUUCGGCCGGCUACAAGAUCGAAUACCCCUUUUCCUACAUCAAAAACAUCACCCUGGAGAAUGGUGACGCGAACGGCAACGUUGAGGGAGCCUCACAGCGACCCGGCGGACUAGUCGUUGAGUUGAACAGGCCUCCCAAUUUCUUCAUGGACUCCUCGGGAUCCGGAGGCUUUUUUCAAUGUGGGGAUUUUACCGAGGAACAGCAAGCUUCUCAGAUUCUUGUGCACCAUCUGGGCGGUCAUCCAAAGGUACUGAGCGGACAGCUCGCAAAGCUCGUGUCGUUGGAGUCGUUCCAAAACAGACACAGCAUCUACGAUCACAAUGUCAUCGCCGCCUCUGCCCCAGUAUCACCCAUUGGUCAUCGCCCUGCCUCACAACCCAACCACCUGGUCCAUCCGCAUAUGGGUGUUGGCUUCCACGACUCGCCGUUCGCUCCUGGCGGUCUGCAUGCGCGUGGCCACAAACGCCAGCGCAGUCGAUCAGUGCCUGUCGCGGUAGAUUUCUCGCUACUGCGCAAUCCCAUGCCAUCUUUCCUUCUGCAGCCUGAGCCAUCACCUUACUCACCCAAUCCGGAUAUAUAUUCACCUAUUCCACAGAGUGCGCCCGGGCCCAUCGGUCCAAAUCUCAGCAUUGAUACAUCGGCCGGAUACGGAAUGGAAUAUCGUCAAUACCCUAUGUCAGCUACCACAGCUAACUCACCCUCUGAGUUUGGUACUCCAGCCUUCUUUACUUCAGGUCCGGCUACCGACAACGUGCCGGCCUCGCAAUUUGGCCAACAUUACAAUAUACCGCCCUUCAUCCACACCCCGAUGGGUCCCCCUCCGAACUCAGCUGCAGCCACAUCUCCCAUGCCAGCAAUAGGACAUCCCGAUCCGAUCAUCGCCAACCAAUCUCCGCCCCUUGGCUCAUUUGGUCGGGACAGUUCUGCUGACGUGUACCCUAUGUCACAAGAACACGGAAUGUCGGACGAAGCACUGCAGAUGACUGACAUGUAUGCGAAGCAAACUCUCAACAUGCCUUUCCGGUCUCCUUUAAUGGAGGAACAUGUCGACGAUAUGGAAAUGCAAAAUAUGGUGUCUUUCGGCACGAUAGACCCUGCCAGCCUUUCACCUGAGAAUACUCAGAUGUAAGGGACGUGGUCCUUUCCAACGUUUACUCUUCAUCGAAAUACCCAUUUUUUCCAUGUUCUGGACUGGACCGGCGAAACUGCAGGGAACCAUAAUCAGGAAUACAGUUCCCUGCUUGUGGUCUAGUGUUUUGUUUCUACUCUUUCCGUUUUUCUAGCUGUGGCUAGGAGAAUACUGAAUUUUGGCUACAUAAUCGGUCUCACCCUCUGGUGCAUCUCGUUCAUAACCUCGCAAAGCCCACUCUCCAAGUCAUUCCUUUGAUGCAUUCGGCACCAAGAGUAUCUGGAGUGUUCUCUUUCUCCCCUUGCUCAAACCCUGUUACGCAGAUUGAACGACUACUUGUUUGGGUUGAUACACCAUGGCGUUGUUGGCCGGUGAACUUUUUUACUGUUGCGAGAUUUCUACCAAUGAAGGGGUCAAGGGGGUGUGGGAAAUUUCUCAGGGGGCAAGCCCUUGUUUGCCCUACAUCACACGGGCGUGGCUGGCCGCUGGUGAAGACCUUUUUCGAUCUUCCCGUUCUUGGUCCAUUAGUUCGCCUUUUCUCUUUCUUGUUGUCUUUGCCCUUCUUUUCUCUGUUGUUCUUGUUCAUCCCUUUUUUUUCUUCUUGUCCUUUGGUUAGCAAUUCUGUUUGUUUCAACGUAUGCGGCAACUUGGCUUUUUCUUAUUCAUCUGUGCUUUGCAAUCGAAGAUGUGAAUGUGUGGAAGGUGGUGGUGAGAAAGGUGUUUGGGCAAACAUAGGCAGUGGACAACGGACCGCUGGGCGGACUUUGGGGGUUUACACAAAGUUUAUCAUGUCAGCUAUU